CUUUUUUUCUUUCUUUCUUUCUUAUCCCCCUUUUGGUUUUUUUUAAUCAAAAGCUUCCCCCUCCCCUUGAUCAAUAAAUUAAUUCGCUGUCACUUUGUUCCUAUUUUUCCCUUUUUUUUUUCUUUUCUUUUUUUAAUUGAUGGCAAUGAAAGGAUGACAAGUUUGAUCAAAUCAACAGUAUUUUCACCUAUGCGAGUAUUCUUUAGAGUGUCGACAUCAAUCCCUAGUAUGAAGCACGCUCGAGAAAUAUUUAGAGUCUUGGGUGAAUACGGCGACAUGAUUGAAUAUAGAUUUAUAAGAUGUCCAAGCACAUUCAGAUAUCGACAAUAUGGAUUUGUUGUCUAUAGAAAUAGUCAAGAUGCUUAUAAGGCAGUAGAAGAACGGUUUAUAAAAGUACCACCCUCUGAGCUAUUUGAUAAGUCGAUAGAUAUUAAAGUGGAACGAUCUACUGUCAACAACAAAAUUAAAUAUAGAAAGGAAGAGAAUUAGUAAAGGGAAAUAUGCACCCUUUUUUAGGUUUCCCUUCUUGUUAUUAAAAAAGUAACAAAGAAUGAUCGUCACUCUAUAAAGUUGGGUUUAAUUUAGAAGAAAACCAUGGUGCUGCAUGGUUGGUUGGCCCUCCCCCCUUCCUUUGUCUAUAGUAUUCCCGAGAUAAACUAUUUAGGAAUAAACGACCUUUGCUUUUUUUUUUAUUAAGAGAGCUUCAUCUAUCUAUGUUUGAUAUAAGGGAAAGAAGAUAAAAUUGGGACAUAACGGGAAGCUGCAGGAUGUAAACAAAGCAGCUGUACACACACAGACAAAUCGAUGAAAUGC